AUGUGCCAGAGGGAGAAGAAAGGCAACUCCGCGAUGCGCCUCCUCGGCCGCAUGGAAGCCGUCGGCCUCCCGAUCGGCCCGGUGCAGCUGCGCCAGGUAUUCUUCGCGUGCUGCGGCGCGGGCAUGAUCGCGGAGGCCCUCGCGCUCAUGUCGCGCCGCGACGACGAGACCGGCGCGCGCGUUCUCGGGAAGGACGUCCUCGUCCGCGGUUGCGGCAUCGUCCCGGGCGGGCCCGACGGCGACGCGGGCAUGCGUCUGCUCGAGGGGACGCUUCGAGGGUGCGCGGGGGGUGGGUGGGAGGUCGCGCCGGUGACGGCGAUCGACGCCGUGCGCGUGUACAGGCACCCGCCGUGGGCGCCGCCGCGGACGGAGGCGCGCGAGCGCGAGGAGGAGGACGAGGAGGAGGAGGACGAGGCGAGGAAAAGAAUGAGAAUGACAGCUGGCGGCGCCGCGGCGGCGCGGGACGUCUCCGCGGAGGCCGACGCGCUCGCGGCGACGCUGUAUCCACCCGGCGAGGACGGCGAGGACGGAUCGUUCUGGUUCGUGUGCGACGACGACGGGCGGCGGCGCCCCGCGGACAGGGACGCGCUCGAGCUGUACGCGCCCGCGACGCCCGGGACGAUCCCGCUGGACCCGCCGGGGUUGGAGUCGGAGAGUUUUCGUAGCGACGUCCCGAGGGUCCCCGGCGCGUUUUGCGUCACGAACGUGUUCAGCGAGAGGGAGUGCGCGGCGCUGCGCGCGGCCGCGCACGCGAUCGGGUGGCGGCGCGACGCCCCCGACCCGAGCGAGAGCGGCGACGGGGGGUUGAACGGUCGGUUGGACCACUGCGAGCUCGUGAUCUGGCCGGAGACGGCUGCGCGGAUCUGGGACCGGAUCAAGAUACACGCGCCGCCCGGCGCGGUGGGGGUCAACGCGCGGUUCCGGUUCUUCCGCUACGGCGUGGAUACGAUAUAUAGGAGACACGUGGACGGAUCGUGGCCGCAAGCCGCGCUGACGCCGGAGGGGGAGUACGUCACGGACGCGAGCGAGGGACGCGUGCGCUCGCGGCUGACGCUUUUGAUUUACCUCUCGGACGGAUUUGGCGGCGGGGAGACGACGUUUUACAACGCGGACGGGUGCGCGCCGGGGACGAUCGCCGCCGCGGGGGUGUCGCCGACGGAAGGAGGGUGCCUGUGUUUUCCUCACGGCGACGCGGAGGACUCGCCCGUGCACGAGGGGUCGCCCGUGAACGCGGGGUUAAAGUACAUCAUACGAACGGACGUGUUAUUCGACAAGGAGUCGAAAAAAGCGGACCCGACGCAAGGCACCGCGCUGGCGGAGGGAAAAGAGUGAGCGUGAUGAGAGUGAUGAGUGAACGAUCGAUAGCAGUCCGCACGAUGUGUAGGGCCUAACAACUUAGUUAGCUCUUAGGAGCACGUCGAGAACGCGCGGGAGUUUCUCUCUUUCGAUCGUGCUUCUCGUUUAAAAAAAAAUUGAUGCGUUACUC